GACAGGGCUGUGUCCUUUUCAGCUACAACCGACCGAGUUGACACGCAUCACACAUCAACUACAGAGCAGCAGCACAGCAUCACAACACAUCACUGCUUUCCUUAUUUCACUUUAUAACAACGGACAGAGCCGUCUGGAACAACAUGGGCAACGUGCAGCCCACCUUAGUACCAUAUGAAGACUUUGAUGUCACAGCUGACAUCAAGGCGAUCAGAAAAGCAUGUAAAGGUUUUGGCACUGAUGAAGAGGCCAUUACUCACAUCCUCGCCAAUCGCUCUGCAGCUCAGCGAGUGGAGAUCAAGCAGGCCUACUUCGAGAAGUACGAUGACGAGUUGGAGGAGGUCCUGAAGAAGGAGCUGACAGGUAGUUUUGAGAAUGCCAUUGUGGCCAUGCUCGAGGCUCCUAAUAUUUACUUCGCCAAGGAGCUGAGGAAGGCCAUGAAGGGGGCGGGCACGGAUGAAGACGUGCUGGUAGAGAUCCUGUGCACAGCCACCAAUCAGGACAUCAUGAGCUACAAGGACACUUAUGCCCAGGUGCUUGAGCGUGACUUAGAGGCAGACAUUGAGGGUGACACCAGCGGAGACGUGAGGAACCUGCUGACGUCACUGCUGCAGGCGAGCAGAGACGAGGGCUAUGAAGUGGAUGAGGGUUUAGCCGAACAGGAUGCCGCAUCUUUGGUUGAGGCAGGAGAAGGCCGGUUUGGCACAGAUGAGUCCACCUUCACCUUCAUCCUGACGCACAGAAACUACAUGCAGCUUCAGGCCACCUUUAAGAUGUAUGAGUCGCUCUCAGGAACAGAUAUUUUGGACACCAUUAGCUCUGAAGCAACGGGAACUCUGAAGGACUGCUACAUUACUCUGGUCAGGUGUGCUAAGAACCCGCAACUGUAUUUUGCUCGACGCCUUAAUGCCGCCAUGAAGGGAGCGGGCACUGACGAAGACACGCUCAUUCGCGUCAUUGUGGGCCGCUCUGAGAUUGACCUGGAGACAGUGAAGGACAUGUACCUGGAGAAAUACGAUGUUACCCUGAAAGAUGCUCUGGAUUCAGAGUGCGGCGGAGACUUCAAACGCCUCCUCAUCGAGAUCCUGCACUAAAGCGUCUCACCUUCUUCCUACGGGCCUUAUUUAACCAACGUGACACAGUGUCUCAUCUCUCCAUCCUUCCUCCUCUUCUUUCAGCCGAUUAGACUGUUGUCAGGCUAUUAAAUAGGCGUUAUCAGUCGCUAUAAGCCCCAUAGAUGUGGGUCAAUACGGGCCUACUGCACCCAAUAUUAUCAUGUAUUCACAUGGUAGAUCAUCGAAAGAAGGCAUAAAUGAAGAUAACAGUGACCUCUAGCGACAGUAGUUAUUAUGACAGGAGCAGAAGCAGUAGUCAGGCGCUAUAGUAUAGACAGUGUGAAACCCCAUAAGGGGUAUAGGUUGGAGACGAUGGAUGGGACACAGAACACAAUGUUUUCACCCAAGAGACCGGAGUUCACAUCCCAUGUGAAACUGACAAUGUGUCUUUGUGUUCAUAGUUAUUUUAACCAAAAACACAAUGUUUUUCCCCAAACUUAACUAAGUGUUUUUUGUGCCUAAACCUUAAGAAGUUGUAGUUUUGUUUC